GAUACAUGCGUUCACUGAUCAAAGUCUUAAGAAAGACGCACGUGGCCUGGUUUUAGAUCCCUCCGAACAGGACCAAGCAGAAAAUAUUAUCCGUGUCUUGCAGCCAUUAAAGCAAGCUACAACCCUUCUGUGUGACGCUACUCUGCCGAGUGUUUCCAUGGUUUUGCCAAUGAUGUACAAGCUUAGGGUUCAUUUGACUGUCAAGGAUGGGGACAGUGGGCUUGUUAAAGCUGUUAAAUCGGCAAUUUCAGCUAACUUGUCCAAACGUUACACCAAAGACAAACUCAGAAAAACACUCGUAGCAUCAACGCUGCUGGAUCCACGUUACAAUGGGAUACCUUGUAUCACUGAGGAUAUCGCAGAGGAUCAGCUAAAAAGAGAAGUGACAGAAGUACAUUGCAAGUUGUCAGAAACACCAAUGCGUUUGAGCAUAAAGCAGGAGAAAGCUGACUUAGCUGAGAGCGAACCAGCCCUUCCCGACUUGCCCCGAUUGCCAGAUUUUCCCAACGUACCAGAUACUGCAGAUAGUACAGAUUCAAGCAAGUCUGGGGUGACAGUUGAGACUGAGCCACCCGUGAAAAGGAUCAAGACUGAAUCUGACAGCAUAAAAUCGAAGUCACUUGGAGUUGACGACUGGUUCUCAGAUGUCAUUGUCACAGGAGUGGAGAAAGUUGCUGUAGAUCAUAAUCAACGGGCAAGAGAGGAGAUAUGUAGGUAUCUGAAGGAAUCCCGGCUAUCCGGGGACAUGUCUACCCUGGAAUGGUGGAAGAUGAAGGAAGUGGCAUAUCCAGCACUGUCAGUGCUAGCCAAGCGUUAUCUCUCCAUCCCUGCCACAUCGGUCCCCAGUGAGCGGGUUUUCAGCGCCGCGGGACUUGUUGUUAAUAAACAACGAAGCAGCUUGAAAACAGAUAAUGUCGAUAAGCUGAUAUUCUUGAACAAAAACCUUAAAAAGGUUUUUGAUCAGUGAUGAUUUUCAUGUUCAAUACCAAAUGAACUCAUUACUAUUUGUCGUAUUUGAGGCAAGUGACCUUGCCAGAUACAAAUAAGUUUUCAAGUGUUAGCGUUUUGAUAUUUAGCGGUACAUUCACAAAAGUCAAAAACAUGAAAAAUGAAUUGCUGUUAGGUAUUUUAUUUUUUUGCAUUUACAAAAUGAAUUGAUGUUAAAUUUAAAACUAGUUCUUUAUACUUUAUACAGUUACAAAAUGAAUUGAUAUUACGCAUUUUAAAGUUCAUAGUUUGAUUGUUUCUCAAAGUUGGUGACUGACACCGAUUGCCGAUAUUCCAACUGAACGUUUAUAAAGUUAUUUUAAAAGUGCAUUCUUCGGGGUUUUUUAUUUCAUGACUUAAGACUAUUAGACUAAUCGAUAUAUAGUAAUCAUGAGAAAGUUUCGUAACACAUUAGUGCUGAGACGAUCAUUACUACAUUAUUACAAGGGUAUACAAACUUACAUCGUUAUAAUCGCACGAUGUUUGUUUAAUAUCAGUCUGUAACCCAAUCUGUGCCCCACCACGAAAACGAUGACGUAGCACUCACCUGACCUAUUACGUAUCACACCUGUGAACCUAGUACAACCUACUACGUAGCACACACCUGUACACACCUGACAUUCACAAUGGCGGAAUAUUUGAUGAUUUUUUAUCUGAAUAGUUUCGUGAAUACUGUACAUAAAUGACAAACGACUAUAUCAGGUGAAAUUACAUUUAAUUUCUCAAUUAUUCUCACUUUAUACAAAUAAUAAUUGUCUUUGACGACAUGAAUCUUAAACUCAGAUUGUUCAUCGCUAAAAAUGCGA